UCGAGCAUCUGCCGCCGAUACUAUCAAAUCAACCACGAUCAGAAAUCCUGUGCGCCAUGUAGCAUGCGGUAUUAAUUUGAUUGACUAACGCCAUGACACUUUACAUUCCUCCACUUCCAGUUCCAGAAACCAAAUCCCAGAUCUAAGGAGACAUUUGCUUGGUUAUGUUUUAUUUCUGUGGUUAUAUAGGUUGUGUUUCAGUUGAACUGAAAUAAGAGCGCGCUCACUAUGGCAAAUGUUCGACUGCUAUCUCUUCUUGGAACUGUGUUCUACGCUUUGACAGAGUCCCAGGCUAUAGUAGAUGUCACACUAGAGAGUAGGGAUGCAGGAUUCUUUCUGAAACCAGGUCAUUUAGUGGACAGUGGUCUGCAAAGUGGUAUGACAAGUAAAAGUGAAAGAUUUACCCUAAUUCACCCUUCUUCCACUGUCACUGUGCGUGCAUAUUAUGGGCCUUUUUCAGUAAAGCAGACAGUGAUGCCUGCACUGAUAAUCCCAGCAGUAAAUGAAAAUUGGAACUCUAGUCAGGAAGACCUUGGAGGUGAAUCUGAGAGAACCCCACUGCUGGCAGUGCCUUCUAGUGGUGACACAGAUAUUAUUGCACAUAUUGUAACCCAUGAAGUCCACCGAGAUCAACCUGUACUUCGUGUAUUGUUUCACAGCAGUCGGGUAUCUGAUCCCAAAACAAGACAAGACUCCCAUAAUAUCCACAAGGGGACACUCUGUGUAGCAUUAUAUGUGAGUUAUCAGGAGAAGCGACUGAUGGCAGUUUGCAGUCCAACAGCCAAUCGUGAUGGAGUCUGUCUAGGUGAGGUGGUUCUCCCUUGGGCAUGGUGGCCACAACUUCAGUCUCAGCCUUGGAAAGUGAUGAAGCCAUACAAAGCUACUGUCCAAGUAGAAUAUGCUGUUCUUCAAAGCUGUUCUCUGGAAUGCACUGCCAACUCUCUUCCAGUUACAGCACCACCUGGUGGCUCAAGCAUAUUUCUUGCUCAUGUAGCAUUAUCUAACAGUCAUGGAAGUUAUGAAGAAGUAAAGAAUGACGAUGUUGUCCGAAUAUUUGUUCCACAAGGACCAGUGUAUCCUCGUUCUAAGGUUUAUGUUCCAGUGUACCUUCAGCCAAAUCCAGUUUAUCCCUUGUCAGUUUUUGUUAUAAGGGCUCGAGUAAGAAGCGGCCUUCGGAUUUUGGGUGCUCAGGAAGCCCCUCUCUCCAGAUGGCGCAUUUCUGUGGACUUAAACACAAAGCAGACAGUUGCCACAGUGAAAGCAUAUAUCAAAGAUUCUUCACAGUAUGAAUAUGAUGUAAAAAGCACAAGCAUGCAGGAACUCUUCACUUGGCUUUUUGAGGUGGAGGAAAAUUCAGGCUACAGUGACAAUGGACAAAUAAUCUGGCAGCUUCGCUAUAUUUUAGACACUACAGUUAAUGACCAGUAUAACUUCGACAAUGACAAAGUACAGAUGAUGUCAAGACUGGACAUUCAGAAAGAUGACGUACAAGCCGUCUUACCAAUUGCCAAGUCCACCCAAUUGUUGAACACAGCAGUCCUGACAGGAAAGCAAGUUUCUCAACCAAUGAAAGUGUUGGUAAUCAGCCAGGCGGGUAAAGUUGGUGACGUAACACUACAGUCGUCAUGCCAUGCAGCAGAUGAAUCGAUUCUUAAGGUUUCACCUUCUUGCACAUCUGUAUACUUAGAUGGCUCAGAAAUCAGAGGUUCUCAAAAUGCAUCAGUGUUAGUGAAGUAUGGGACAUAUACUGGUCAAGCACAUUUUCUAGUUUGGAUGCCCCAGUUGCCUUUGGAGGUGAACUUAUCAGAUAAUAAGCUUAGUCAGGUGAAAGGUUGGAGAACACCUAGACUCCAAAGAAGAAAGUCUCGCUGGCCCUCACUUGUUACUCCUGGUAACCGUGCUGAGAACAGGUCCCGAGGAAAAAAGAAAAAAUGGGAUGCAGACAGAGAGCCAUUGGAUGUUGUGUGCAGACUGCGCUAUCAACAAGCUGGGAUUACUGUCUAUACUCGCUUCUUUAGCGUAGAUCAUAACUCUGGGCGAGAAGCUUAUCUUCUUAGCAGACAGGCCCCUCUUCGUAUCACCGAACUAGUAUCACCAUUCCUGCGUGUAGCUGAUUCUAGGAUAGCCAUGCUAAAAGGUUCAGCUAUUCAGGGCCUGGCCAGUGGACGAACAGAAGUGCAGCUGCUUAUAUUAAUAUUUCUGUAUAACAUGAAUAAAGACUGUUUUUGUUUUCUACAGGAAGGGUUACUGAAUAUUAACAUUCAUUACUCUGAUGGUACUGUGACUUCUCUCUCUGAUAUCACUGAGACAGACUAUCACCUGUCAGUGGACACCUUUGACAGUGGAGUUGUGGCAUUUGCACCAAUGGCAGGACUUCAUCACCCAAGAGUUAUUGCAAUUGGUCAGGGUAAAGGGGAUCUGUUGCAUGUAUCCUUGGAGUUGUCCGCCCAUUGCCAAAAGCGUCGAACCCAGCCCUUGGCUAUGGCUUAUGCUUAUGUUUAUGUAAAUUUUACAGAAUCAAUCCUGACUGGUUCUGUAUUGAGUGAUGGCAGGUUUCGAGGCAAACUGGGUUCUCGUCAAAAACAGUUAAACAGGAUUGAUGGUGUUAGGGAUAUUAAUGAUGUGCUUUAUCAGGAUGGAGUUAACAGCCAUGGAAAAGGAAAGCCCUACUUUUAUGAACCCACAGUACAAGCUCGUCAGCAUGCAGUUGGUAGGCAUCGAGCUAAUUUAACCCCAUUAGAGAUUGGGCUAUAUGCCAUGCUGGGUGUCUUCUGUGUGGCCAGUCUGGUUUUUGUGGUCAGUUGCACAGUCUUUGCUGUUCGCUACAAGCGAAAGCAGCUUCCUGCUGUCCAGGGUGGUGAGUCUGCAGCUCAUGCCCAUGAUUGGGUUUGGCUAGGUAGGGCUACUCUUGAGAGAAGUGCAUUCAAUACUCGCUGCCCUCAGACCCUACUCCCCAUGAGCGAUGUUCGUGGCAACAGGGGAGGGACUGUCCAACAUCGAGAUAAAACCCUCUCUGGAAGGUCAGUUGGUAGUGGCUGUAGAGCAAGCAAUGUUUCAUUCCCUGGGUCAGAGAUCAGUAUCCACAUAACCACCAACCCACAACAAGCAGCCAAUGAUACAGAGGAUGAGACAAGUUUGAUUGAGAAAGGCACAGUUAACAGCCUAGCUAAUGAGAAUGCUUUGCAUCUUCCAUCAGUUAUGGAUGUUGGUCCAACAAAUAAAACUUCGCGUGAAAAGAGGGUGCGAAUUCAAACCAAUCCAAUACCUCCUCCAGUUGCCCCUGCUAAUAAUAGCAAAUGGAGUCAUCAGACAACUUUGUCUACUUUUAACACACCACCACCAGUUCCUCCUCAUCAGAAUCUUCCCAUACAAGGGACAAUUAGACAAGGUUGGAGAGAAAAUCAAAACCUGCUUUUGACAGAGAAUCCCCUGUCAUUGGAUGACAUUAACCAGAUGGACUGGGACACAGUAGCCAAGGGCAUGGACUAUGAUCAACUCAUGCAAUACUUUGAUAAUCUGAAGGAAUCUAAUGCAUGAAGUUGGGAUUUUGACAACUUAAAAGAUGAAACUCAGAGGACUUAUUAGUUCAGUUUUAGUGCAAUAUUUAAAGGGAGUUUCACUAGUGAGCUUAGACAUUUUGGUUAGGAACAUCUACUAGUCUGAAUCUUUUUUAAACCCACAUGCAUUGUCUCUGUCUCACAUUUUCAAGGAUUAAAACAUCACGACUUAAUUUAUUAUGUGCAUGCUCAGGCUAGCAUUUCUUAAGAAGCUCAAUAUACUUUGUUUUAAAAGUCAUAAUCAGUUAACACCGUGAAUCUCCAACUCCCUCUGUCUAUUAUAUAGUAUCUUUGAGGUUUUAAAAACAUACAUCAAAAUUACAUAUAUGCAGCCACUAAUAAUUAGAUUACAUUGUUUGAAAAAGAUGUUACAUUUCAUUAUUAAUAGGAAAUAAUGUGUCACAAAAAGUAUCCAAUGUGAAAUUUGUUUCUAAUUUGUCAUUUUUAUUAAUGAAUUUGCACCAUGAGUUUUGGUCUGGAAUAGGUUCUUUGGAGUGAUGAUUGGACUAAAUUAGACUCAUAGCUGGCCAAGUUGUACUGAUUUCUUAGAACAAAAGAAUAUAUUUAACUUUUCUUUCAAUUCCAAAUAACUUUAUUUUUAUCAUAAUUAAAGAUUUGGAUCACAUUAUCUUGAAUAAUAAAAAGUACACUAAAAUAAUAGUUUAUCAAAAUCAAGCACUGAUCUGAUGAUUCUGUUGUUUGUAUGCUAAUUAUGUGGUGAUAAAAAUGAAUGUCAACUUAUGGCCCAGCAACAUUCCUUUAAAACAAAAGUAAGUAGUAAUCAGACUGAGUUUUGAGUAUUUUUGUUUUAAUAAAAUGAGGAUUAAGUGUUGUACAAUGAUGGAUUAACUCAUUCCUAACUUUCUACUAUCUCAGUAGCAAGGCUGUUUCUGCUAUAGAUGCCUGUUGAAGUGAGAGAUUAGCCCCUCUCAGACUUUCUCCUAUCUGCUUCUGCUACCAACCCUCCCAUUGAAGUGAGGAAUUAGCCACCUCUCAAACUUUCUAUCAGCUCAGUAACAAAGAUGCCUCCUGUUAGGGUGAGGAAUCAUCUCUAUCCAAAAUGUUCACUGACCUCAUUUACACGCAUUAAUUUUUUUUACAUGGACUCUGAUGUUCUCCUCAGAAGUGUGAUCUCAGUUUAUCAGGAAAAGACCCAUCUUUUUUUUAUGAAGCCAAGUUGUUGCCAUUUUGAACAUGUUUUCAGUUUUAUUUCUUCAUUUUUCAAGUUUUUUUGUGAUAUUUAUUGAUUUUUUUUAUAAGUUUUUGAUAUUUAUUUAAUAUUUCAUUUAGUGGUGAUAUUCUAUCAGAAAUCCAAACUUUAUUUGUUUAACGUGUCUUAUCAAUGUCAUCUUUUAGAUCGGUGAAUGUGCAGCAGUUACUAUUGUCAGAUGAGGUGAGAAAUGUUUUUAUAAAGUAGAAGUAAGAUUAAAGAAUUUCAAUGUAAUAUUGUAUAUAUCAUUUUUCCAUUGCUGAAAUUACUGUGUGAAUACUGUUGUUUCAACCUUAAUGAUCAGGUUAUCCUCAUAUACUCAAAAUAAAUGAAUUACUAAAGAUUCUUUGUCAGAGCACUUUUCCAAUGCAAAGUCUACUUUCUGAAUUAUUGACCUGACCUAAUAAUUGGUCAUUAUAAGGUCAUGUGAUGAAAGUUAAUAUAUCAUAUCCAUUAAUGUUUAGAAGGGCCUGUUAAUUAAAUAGUCCUAAUAGAGGCUAUCUAGGGUGAUUUUGUGUGUGUAUUCAUUUUUCACCAUUUUGAAAAAUUAGUUAUUUGAAAAAGUCACAAGUGAUAUGAUAGGAAACAAUGAUUCUGACUGUCUGUUGUCUUAGGUAGGAAACAUUAGCCAAAGGUAUUUUAUGUGUCAGUGAUAAAUAAAUAAAAACUGCAGAUUGUAUUGUAAACAAAUUUUGUAAUAAGUGGAAUUACUUUAGCUGGUGAUGAAUGAAACUGAAGAUGAUAACUGAAAGUUCUUAAUGCUAGAAAUCAUGAAGAUGUGUUUCACAUGUAGUUUUAAAGUUACAGCUAUGUUCCAAGAAAACAGUUUUCAAAACAAAGUAUAGGAAAGUAAAACUUCUUAUUUAUAAUGACUUUCAAACUGAUAAUUCAAUACACAAGUAUUAUCUAAUAUUAAAUUUCAUACUUUUUGUCAAAUGUGCAUUUUGUAGAAAGUUCUUUAGGAAUUUAUACCAUUCUGGUCAUUGUAUUUAAAAACAGAACAAUGCAUUUCUAUGAGAGGAUAAAGCUUAACUUUUAUUUAACUGACAGAGAAAGAUAGUUACUUCAUCAAAUACUGUUCUAAGAAUACUUGAAUAAGGACACACAUUAUGCUAAUAUAAUAAGUUGGCAAACAACAAUUUAUAAGCAUAAUAAAGUGAUUUAUUUUUUGGGGAACAUACUACGUGUUUUGUUAGAUCAUUGGUCUGUCCUGAAGAAGACAUACCAAUAUUCUAUUGAAACAUGUCGUAUGCUCCGCCAAAAAGUAAACCACAAUUAUGCUUAAACAUCACUGUUUAUCAAUUUAUUUUUACAGUUCUAAGAAUAUUAUGUCAAGAAAGAUAUUUUUCAUCCUUUACUUUCCAUCAAAUCCUUGUGAACUAAAAAUGUUCGGAAAAAUUUAUGAUUUUUCAAUGUUAAAGGAAAUUUUUCUUUAUGAAUUACACCAAACAGUCACUUUAUGAUAUGAGAAACCUGCUUUUAUGUUUUAAAAAUAUUUUUUUUUAUUAAAAAAACUAUUUGGAGUGUCAUUUU